UUUUUGCUCUAUUUCAUUUUAAUAUUUCACUAAAAGUUGAAUUCUGUUUUGUGUAUUGUUUUCGAGCAAUUAGUUUUGGGAGCUAGUAGCUACUUGUUGUAUUCGUUUGUAGUGGUUACAUUUAAAGUUUCGGCGUUAAUUUGCUACAAAUUAAAACUUAUGGAGUCAAUUUGGCCAUUACUUCCAUUAGACUAAGUUGCGGGGCUAAUUUAGUUGUAAUCAUCCUCGAUAAUGCUAAUUAAUAGUACCCUUUAUUUGUCUUACUUGUCUUAGUGAGCAAGACGUUAAUACAAGUCAUCUUAGGGAGUUAGAGGUGUCAAUUCGGGUCGUUGAGUCGGGUUUUGGUCUAAUUCAGGUUUUGAAUUUAAUUCGAAUUUGAGUCGUGCUAAACCAUUGUGCCCAACUUUCAAGGAAGGUUGAAUUCUGGAUUGGUUCACUUUCAGGUUAAGUUAGUCGGUUUAAGCCAGUUUUUGAUACUUCUAAAUACAACUAUAAAUCUAUUUUUAUUCCUGCAAAACUUCAUUUCUCUUUAUUUCCAUGGCGAAUUCAGCUUCCUCUUUACUACUUUUAGAGAAGAAUUUUGGAUGUAUUCAUGAAUAUCAUGAGAAAAUUAGGAAUUGAAGCAGCUGUUCAGGUUAGAAAGCGGAGAAGACGAGAGAAAAUACAAUUUGAGUUUCAUGUAAUAUUAAGAUUCAAGAACGUGUAACGUACUUACUCCGUAACAGUUGAAUACUUGAUUAAACGGGUUGAAGAAAGUGAGUCGGAGAGGGCAGAAUUCUUAACAUUUUGUAAUAGAGUUGACUACACGAUUCGAGCUUGGUAUCUUUUACAAUUUGAAGAACUGAUGGUAAUUUAUACGCAAUUAUUCAAACUUUUUGAACCGGUUACUGGAGCUCGCAAAUUGGAAGAGUGCAAUUUUCCCGAUGAUAAAAUUGAAGUAGUCGAGGAGAAGUUUCUUGUUCUAUUAUUUAAGAUGUUGGAUAAAAGCAAUUUCAAGAUGGUGACAAAUGAGGAGUUUGAAGUUGCUGCAUCUGAGAAUUAUUGUCUAAAUCUUCCAAUCAAAGUUGAUGAAGCUAAGCUAGACACAACACUUUUGAAGAGGUAUUUUUCCAAGCAUCCCCAAGAUAACCUUCCCUCCUUUGCUAACCAGUACAUAAUUUUUCGGCGUGGUUUUGGAAUGGAUCAAAAGACUGGUUACUUUGUUCAAUGGAAAAUCGAUGCUCUUAUUUCACGAAUCAUGCAAGGCUUUUUGAGAUUGACUGGUCUGAGUAAGUUAUUCUCAAGAAAGAGAAGAUUACGACAUGUGAAAAAUGAAGAACUGCAUGAAGUUUUAGUCACAGAAAAUGGUGAAAAGGAUGAUGGUGAUGAUGGUGGUGGUGAUGAACACAGCUUAUUAAUUGAAAGGAUUCGUAUUCAGAAUAUGAAUCUCAGUCCUUGCAACCUACUCAGUAAAACAACAAUCCAAGAGCCAACCUUCGAGAAGAUUAUAAUUAUAUACAGAUUGAAAUCAACUGAAGACGGAAGAGCAAUUUAUGUAAAGCACUUCAAACACAUCCCCAUGGCUGAUAUGGAAAUUGUUCUACCUGAAAAGAAGAGUCCAGGAUUAACUUCAUAUGACUGGUUCAAACUCCUUGUUUCAGCUGCCAUUGGACUGGUGACGGUUAUAACCCAACUCUGCCAGACUACAGCUAAUCUAAAAGUGUUGGCUACUGUCUGCUCUGCGGUGGUUUGUUAUUGUACUAAGAUAUAUUUCACGUUUCAGGCAAAUUUGAAAGACUAUCAUAGUUUAAUCACACAGUCCAUGUAUGACAAACAACUAGACAGUGGGAGAGGCACUCUACUUCAUCUAUGUGAUAAUGUCCUGAAACAAGAAGUUAAAGAGGUUAUUAUUGCAUUCUUCGUGUUGAUGAAGUAUGGGAAAUUUACCUGUGAAGACCUUGACCGGAAAUGUGAGGAGCUGAUAUUAGAGCAAUUUAACGAACAAUGUGACUUUGAUGUAGAUGAUGCUAUUGACAAGUUAGAGAAACUAGGUAUUGUUUAUAAGGAUCAAUCUGACCGGUACUCAUCUGUUGAUGUGAAGAAGGCUAAUGAUUUCAUUGGCACCACCACAGAGGAAAUUGUUAAAAAAGCAAGUCGGGGCGAUGAGUGGUGUGAUGACUGAAGGCGCAGUGUACUUUUCCAUUGGGAUCUAAAUCUAUGUUGCAAGCUUGCAGAUAGAUAGGCACCAAUUGCAGGGAUAUUGAAGAGACUCAAUAGACACAUGCAUUUGUGGGUAUUGUAUUUGUUGGCUAGUAGCUUAAUGAUAUAAUCCUAUUGAAACAUAUUUCUGUAUACAUUUAGAUGAGAGUUCUUAGCUAA